AUGAAUAGCUCAAAAGCUACCGACUAUGUUGUUCCUGAAGAGUUUCGUGGAGAUGCUUGGCUGACAUUUUCCAGCUGGAUAAAUUCCAUCAGUGCAUAUUUAUAUCUAACAGAUUUUAUUAUCUCUUUUAUUGGAAUCUUCCCAAGUCUAUUUCAUUUCUGGGUUCUUACGAGAGAAUCUAUGCGGCAUUUAACCACAAAUCUAUUUCUAAUAGGUAUGACUCUUUGUGGGAUCAUCCAUAUGAUUUGUAAUAUUAUUGAGUUUUGUCCAUUGCUCUAUAACUAUUAUUUUAGCUUUGAAAUUUCAUUUGAGUGUUUUCCAUUCGCAUCUUACUCUAAAAUAGUGUCCAAUUAUUAUUCCUCCAUGACAAACGCUGUUGUAACUGGGAUGUUGACCUAUUUCACUGUUGCCAUGGCAAUUAUCAGAUUUCUUGUGGUGAAAUUUCCAUUUGCAAGAAGCAUGCAACGUCUUAUCUACUCCAAAAGUGGGCUGAAAAUCCUACUGCCCAUCAUCAUUCUAAUAUUACCCCUCUGGAUAGCUGAAAUAUCUAGUACAAACAUAGUUGAGACAGGCAUCUGGGUCCCUGGUCCAAAUUGUGAUAUAUUCGCUGAAAAUUAUACAGAAAAAAUGUAUACCGUUGAGACAUCUAUUACAUUUGGAAUCGACGAUUUCUAUUGGAUUGUCUAUUACAUAUAUGCCGUGAUUUUCCAGUUUAUUCCAUCAAUCUUACUUCCAAUCUCUACAGUUUUGUUGAUAAUUGAGUUGAAGAAAAAUAAAAAGACAAAGACCUGGACCAGUAAGAGUCAGGAUAGAUCUACGAAGCUUGUAGUUUAUAUGACAAUUUCCUUUAUUAUGGCCAAUGCUCCUUAUAGUUUGAUAUAUAGUUUGUCAUUUAUGCUGUCAGCCUAUGCAAGAAUGAUAAUAUCCCAAUUAUCAGUAAUUGCAUAUCUUUUAACAACUCUAAACGUAGCCACUCAUUGGCUGUUAUGUUAUUUCAUGUCUACACAAUACCGGAAUACUGCCAGAGAAAUACUUGGGAAGAACAAUAUUGAUUCGACGGUGAUGGUGAUAAGCUAUCAGACUUCGAGAGCAAAAAUGUUUUAA